AUGGUUGUUUGUAAAUAUUUCCAGGAAGGCAGAUGCAGGUUUGGAGAUCAAUGCAAGCAUGAGCACCCUGGAAGUAAGUCAUUUGGUGGAAACCGGUUUAGCGCUCUCCAAUCGGGUGCCGGUGGUGGUUUUGGAGGUUCUCGUCAAGCCGCUCAAGAAGAUCUCCGAAAGAAGUAUUCCUUGACUCCCGACGAUAUCAAGAAUGACCUCACUCCUGGAAAGGGCAGGCCCAACUGGAUCUUCUCAUCUUAUGGACCGGGCAGAUAUGCGCCAGUUCAACUCUUUGGUGGUCCCGAAAGGGAGCAAAGCUUCGAGGAAAUGCGUGUUAUACACUAUGCCGCUACAGCUGCUGGCAACCCUCAAAAAGCCAUUCAAGAUGCAAACAAUCUUUAUGCAGCCACUGAAGCCCAGAUUCAGACCAUUUUAUCUGACGUCGAGGGAGCCAUAAGAUAUAUUAUCGAUGGCGCAAACCAACACCCAAAUCGAAUUGAUAUCACAGCAGGAAAUGUAGCGGCGGCCCCUGGGCAACAACCUGCGUUUGGUGUCGGUGCAGGUACGGGUCAGCCAUCAGGUUUCGGUCAGCCGACGCCAUUUGGUCAGGCUGCACCAAGUGCUCCUUCGGCUUUCGGUCAGCCAUCCGGACUGGGACAACAGCAACAACCCGCGUUCGGAGAGCAAGCAUUCGGUCAGCCCUCUACACUCGGCCAAGCAGCUCCGCAGCCACCGUUUGGCCAAUCGUCAUUCGGUCAACCGUCCGCGCUAGGACAACAGCAACAAUCUGCGUUUGGGAAGCCAGCAUUUGGCCAGCCUUCUACACUCGGGCAAGCAUCUACGCAGUCUGGGUUUGGUCAGGUAUCCCCAUUCGGCCAGCCUGUACCCCAGGGCCCGACACAGCCCAGUUAUUUAAACCAGACCACCGAGGCUUCCCCCUUUACUCAGCUCACUAGUCAAGGCCAGGGUUUCGGACAACCGCAAAGCCAAGCUCAGGGUCCAUCCCCAUUCGCAAAGCCGGAGACCACGGCUCCAUUUGGGCAACCCCAGUCAACGGCUAAUCCAUUUGGUCAACCUUCUGGUUUCGGAGUCCAACAGCAGACAGCAUCUCCUUUCGCUCAACCACCUGGGUUUGCUACGACGGCCCCAACAACACAGCCAGCACCCCAAUCAGCCUCAUUACCCGCUGCGGUUCCAACAGCGGCUCUUGGGACUAAAAAGGAUUCUACAAAAUUGAACCCAUUGCCCAAACUUGUUGGUGAAACUCGGCGAGACCCAGUGACGAAUAAGCUUAUUUCAUGGAAGGGCCAGCAAACUAAAUACAUCGACAAUGAACCCUGCUUCCAACACCCAGACGACCCGGCAACGUUCGUGCACAUUUACUUUCCACAAGGCCCUCCAGCCCCGGAGUCAUUUAGAAGUUCAGUGGGAAAGGCCGAGGAAUAUACGCCCCAGGUCCAAGAGGCGUAUAAAUUCUUGAAAGCAAAUGGCUCGUUUCAGAACGGGAUUAUGCCGUCUGUUCCGCCGAGGCCAGAGUGGUGUAGCUUUGAACUUUAA